AUGGAGGAGAGAAGAAGGGAGACUGAGCCAGGGAAGGAAACGGAAUGUAGAGAACAAUCACUGGCAGCCUGCUGUGGCGUGUCACUAGGGGCAUCACAAACAUGUGAGCUUUACCUAUUUCUUUUUGAUGUGAUGCCAUUGUCAUGCCUCAGACUGCAGCUGAAAAUUGUUUGUCUAGCAGUUCUGGUAGGUUUGAUUCAAUAACUCUUAUAAGAGGGCAGGCAGGAUAUCAAUGCUGCUUUAUUGCCUUUUUCUCUACCUACAAUAGCAAUUCUCCAGUCAUACAGUAUUAUAAAGUGCCCUCGCUGGGGCUCCGUAUCUAUUGUAGUCAGGUCUCAUCACCCCCAUUGCUGCAAGAGGCAAGGCUGUAAUGCAUCUAGGCUCAUUUUCUAAAAUGUUAACUAGCAGGAGCUGAUUGGAUGGCACUGGGCAAAGGGAGACAGGGUUGAGACGCUCUAUUAACUCACUGACAGGCAUGGGAUGAACUAGGAAGACACUGCUAACAAGAAAAUGAGCCGUUCUGCUAUUGCUUCUUUAUAAAAAUCGCUGCUCGCCAAGUUAAAGUUUUUGACCUUAGCCUUUAAAAUCUGUUAUUCUAGAGGAAGCAGAUUGACUUCUUGAGCCUUUCCAAAGUAAAGGGUGUCAAACAUAUGGUCUUUGCUUUCACAACGGAGCAAGGGUCGUUGAAAUAUAAGGGUGGCUAUUUUUAAAAUUAGCAAAAGAUUGCUACGCAAUCUAGUUAAACUGUGGAAUCCAUUGCCAUGAAAUGCAAUUGGAGCUAAGGAAAUUAGCAGGACCAAAUUGGUGUUUGCAGUGGUGAACAGCAUAAAAUGUGAAAGGACCGCCUAUGACAGCAAACAAACAGUGUAUAUAUAUGCUAAAGAAUUGUGAUCUAUCACAUCUGCCCAGUGUGUGCUCCGCAUUUAUUCCUAAAAUCUUCAUACCACAUGAUAAGACUAGAGACCUGAAAGUGCGAAUUGCCCCAUCAAGUUUGGAUUGCUCCAUUAAAUGUGGAUUGACAUUUCACAUGAUAAAAAGUAGCAACAUGUUUCUGCUUUUCAUUUCUAUCUUGAGAACACUGCUGGAUUUUUAAAAAAACAAAACCACACACAACUUGAAUUAUAUUUGUAUUUCAGUGUUGGUGCAGUGAAAUAUAGAUUCAUUUACAUCAUUUUCCCUCUCGGGCAAGAAUUCUUUAUCCCAUUACCAACCUUUCCUAGUUUAAAAAAUACAUUUUUGCCUGUCUAAGGAUAUCCCACUUCCUUUUAACACCUCAGGUGGUGGCAUUGGGUGGGGUUCAACUCAUGAGUCCGUCAGUGGAAGCCCUGUGCAAGGAUUUCAGAUAUUAUGGAUGGUAUCUGACUAAACUCACAUGCUCAAAGUAAACCCACUGAAAUUAGUGGAUUUGGGUUAGCUAUAACUAACACACGUCCAUGGAUUUUACAGUCUAUGCUGAGUACGAGUUAGUUGAAUACCACCCUAAUCUUUAUUUUUGAGGUGGGGGUGUGUGUGUGGAACAACGGGGUUGUUUGAAUAGCCCUAGCCCACAUCAGCAUACAUUUCCAUGUGCCAGAAUUCUGUAUGGAGUGGGGUGGGAAGCAAGUAGGACCACAUAAGCCCUCAGUGCCCACCUGAAUUGUGCUCAAAACCUCUCCUGCCUCCCCCAAGGGCUCAACAACAUACAUUAGGAAAAGCAGUCAGGCAGCACACAGAGGGGUUGUUGUGUUGUUGUUGGUGGUGGUGUUUUUGAAGCAUUUAGUUGGAGCACUCAAAAAAGCCUCAAGCUCAUUCCAGGCUGAAUAGGACAGUGAGUGACCAUCUCUAUGGCCAACCAUUUUCAUGCCUCAAACAUUUGUUGAAUAUUAGCUGCCCUCCCUCCCUCUUCUCAAUCUCCCUCCCCACAACUGAUGAAAACUGCUGCAUCCCUUUGACAAAAAUAGAAACAAUUUUUAUUCUAUUACUAAUCUCUUGAGUCAAUGAGUUCCCAUUGAACCUUCUUUUCCCCCGUUAAUCCAAUAAGCUGUGUUGCUUGCCUAACUCACUGCUUUAUCCCUGGCUUUUGCAAUGGCAACAUAUCAGACAAUUUGAAAACACCAAAUAACCCACCCACAUGCUUUGUCUCUAUGUCUGAAAGAAAUCCAAAAGGACUCACUCUCCAGCCUCUGUAACAUUUCCUUUUAUUUGGGCCAUUACAGAAUUCUGAGGUGCUGCAAUCCACAUUCUGGGAGAAGUAAUAUAAACAGGCUUGGUUCAAUCCUCUCUUCCCUUGAUCACUGAAAUGAUGACAAUACUUUGAUACCAACUCUGCAGACAUCCAUUAGAGUUGAAUCAGCAAUGUACUAUUUAUGAACAGGGAUGCUGCAAUAAUGGCACUAUCCAUUCUUCCCAAACAAUGCAGCUAUUUAUCAAGUGAUUAAACUGUAGUAACAUA